AUGCUUGUCAGUUUUCCAUAUAUCUUUCUAAUCAUUUGCCCACCCUUUCCUCCAGCCCACAUCCUCUGCUGCACGCCUACAGGCCGGUACACGCCAUACGUGGGGGGCAGCAGCGACGGGGAAGCGGCGACGGGCGAGGCAGCCAGGGGGAGGCAGCGAGGGCCGGCACUGCAGCUACGUUGCGUUCCUUUCAGCGAUCACUUGACCACUUCUUUUUUAGAAGCCAGCGGCGUGACGGUGAUCAGGAAUGGAGGUUCGGUGAGCGCUGCUGCAGUGGAAUUCCGGGUGCUGCUGCAGCUGAGAACGGGCGCUGCUGCACCGGAGGUCCGCCAUGCCAUGAUCGCCCAAGGCCUGCACGGCAGCAGAGGGCAGCAGUUGGAUGACGCACGGCAGGCAGCCCUGCUGACCACUGCUGGAGCAAGGACGCUGAGUUGCCAUUCACCUUAUUUCCGCAUCGCUGCAUCCUUUGUCAGAUUUCCGCAUCGCUGCAUCCUUUGUCAGAUAUCUGCAUCACUGCAUCCUUUGUCAGGUUUCCGCAUCGCUGCAUCCUUUGUCAGAUUUCCGCAUCGCUGCAUCCUUUGUCAGAUUUCCACAUCGCUGCAUCCUUUGUCAGAUUUCCGCAUCGUUGCAUCCUUUGUCAAAUUUCCGCAUCGCUGCAUCCUUUGUCAGAUUUCCUCAUCGCUGCAUCCUUUGUCAGAUAUCCGCAUCGCUGCAUCCUUUGUCAGAUUUCCGCAUCGCUGCAUCCUUUGUCAGAUAUCCGCAUCGCUGCAUCCUUUGUCAGAUUUCCGCAUCGCUGCAUCCUUUGUCAGAUUUCCGCAUCGCUGCAUCCUUUGUCAGAUUUCCGCAUCGCUGCAUCCUUUGUCAGAUAUCCGCAUCGCUGCAUCCUUUGUCAGAUUUCCGCAUCGCUGCAUCCUUUGUCAGAUUUCCGCAUCGCUGCAUCCUUUGUCAGAUUUCCGCAUCGCUGCAUCCUUAGUCAGAUUUCUGCAUCGCUGCAUCCUUUGUCAGAUUUCCGCAUCGCUGCAUCCUUUGUCAGAUAUCCGCAUCGCUGCAUCCUUUGUCAGAUUUCCGCAUCGCUGCAUCCUUUGUCAGAUUUCCGCAUCGCUGCAUCCUUUGUCAGAUAUCCGCAUCGCUGCAUCCUUUGUCAGAUUUCCGCAUCGCUGCAUCCUUUGUCAGAUUUCCGCAUCGCUGCAUCCUUUGUCAGAUUUCCGCAUCGCUGCAUCCUUUGUCAGAUAUCCGCAUCGCUGCAUCCUUUGUCAGAUUUCCGCAUCGCUGCAUCCUUUGUCAGAUUUCCGCAUCGCUGCAUCCUUUGUCAGAUUUCCGCAUCGCUGCAUCCUUAGUCAGAUUUCUGCAUCGCUGCAUCCUUUGUCAGAUUUCCGCAUCGCUGCAUCCUUUGUCAGAUAUCCGCAUCGCUGCAUCCUUUGUCAGAUUUCCGCAUCGCUGCAUCCUUUGUCAGAUUUCCGCAUCGCUGCAUCCUUUGUCAGAUAUCCCCAUCGCUGCAUCCUUUGUCAGAUUUCCGCAUCGCUGCAUCCUUUGUCAGAUUUCCGCAUCGCUGCAUCCUUUGUCAGAUAUCCGCAUCGCUGCAUCCUUUGGCUUCACGUGGGGCGAGGAGGGCGAUGGGGCAGCGCGCGCGCAUCAAGAGGCAUCCCUCUGGUUAACCCCCCCCCCUUCCAUUCCCUUCAGCAUGGCGGGCAGCGUGGAGACGACACGGCGGGCGGCACGGACGGAGGUGAGGUGCUGCUAUAUCGCUGCAGCGGGGUAAGCCUCUCUUCCCUUGUCCGUUUCCACCUUGCUUUCUUUCUGUUUUACGCAUUGCAUGUCUUUGUCGUGCAUGUUUCACUUGAUCCUUUUCUUCCGUUUGUCUCUCUACCCCCCAUCCCCUUCCAUUCCCUUCAGGUCUACUUGUGGGACGAGGAGGGUGAGGGGGCAGCGCGCGCGCAUCAAGAGGCGUCCCUCUGCUUAACCCCCCCUUCCAUUCCCUUCAGCAUGUCCGGCAGCGUGGAGACGACACGGCGGGCGGCACGGAUGGAGGUGAGGUGCUGCUAUAUCUCUGCAGCGGGGUCUACUCGUGGGACGAGGCGGGUGAGGGGCAGCGCGCGCGCAUCAAGAGGCGUCCCUCUGCUUAACCCCCCCUUCCAUUCCCUUCAGCAUGUCCGGCAGCGUGGAGACUACACGGCGGGCGGCACGGACGGAGGUGAGGUGCUGCUAUAUCGCUGCAGCGGGGUAAGCCUCUCUUCCCUUGUCCGUUUCCACCUUGCUUUCUUUCUGUUUUACGCAUUGCAUGUCUUUGUCGUGCAUGUUUCACUUGAUCCUUUUCUUCCGUUUGUCUCUCUACCCCCCAUCCCCUUCCAUUCCCUUCAGGUCUACUUGUGGGACGAGGAGGGUGAGGGGGCAGCGCGCGCGCAUCAAGAGGCGUCCCUCUGCUUAACCCCCCCUUCCAUUCCCUUCAGCAUGUCCGGCAGCGUGGAGACGACACGGCGGGCGGCACGGAUGGAGGUGAGGUGCUGCUAUAUCGCUGCAGCGGGCACGCGCGCAUCAAGAGGCGUCCCUCUGCUUAACCCCCCCUUCCAUUCCCUUCAGCAUGGCGGGCAGCGUGGAGACGACACGGCGGGCGGCACGGACGGAGGUGAGGUGCUGCUCCAUCGCUGCAGCGGGGUAAGCCUCUCUUCCCUUGUCCGUUUCCGCCUUGCUUUCGUUCUGUUUUACGCAUUGCAUGUAUUUGUCGUGCAUGUUUCACUUGAUCCUUUUCUUCCAUUUGUCUCUCUACCCCCCACCCCGUUCCUUUCCCUUCAGGUCUACUCGUGGGACGAGGAGGGUGAGGGGGCAGCGCGCGCGCAUCAAGAGGCGUCCCUCUGCUUAACCCCCCCUUCCAUUCCCUUCAGCAUGGCAGGCAGCGUGGAGACUACACGGCGGGCGGCACGGACGGAGGUGAGGUGCUGCUAUAUCGCUGCAGCGGGGUAA